UUUUCUUUAAUAGUUAAACAAUGAUAUUCUAUUGAAGUUGCUGUGGGCACGUGCGAUUGUUUAGACUUCAAAAAGAUCCAUAAACUAAUUUUAAUGUUUUUCAAUUCAAUUCGCUUCCCAUUUUUAAAGAAGAGCCAGUUAUAUAUACAGUCUAUCCGAAACAAGAGCUUUGCCGAAAAAAUGUCGGAAGCAUUACAGAAAGUUGAAUGUCUUAAUGAAAUUAAGGAAACAGAACGUGAAAAAACUGUUGAAAAAGUAAAAACGAUUAAAGCACUUAAAAAAUAUGCGAAAAAACGUAAAUGGGUUGAAUAUAGCCCCAGAGAGCAAACUGAUAUUGCGAGCAAUAAAUGUGAAGCAGCUGACAGAAUAAAACGUAAAAAGUCAGCAAUACUGAUAGGUUAUUCGGGCGUAAAUUAUUUUGGUAUGCAAAGGAAUCCUGGCAUGUCAACAAUUGAGGAAGAAUUGUUUAAAGUAAUGCUUAAACAUAAGUGGAUAACGGAGGACGGAUUUGAGCAAUCUCAAAAUGCAUGCUUUCAACGUGCGGCCCGCACUGAUAAAGGCGUGUCAGCUGCUCGACAAGUUUGUUCAAUAAAGUUACCGGAUAAUUUAGAUAUAAAAUCUAUCAAUGAGGAUUUGCCAGAACAAAUUCGAAUUUUUACAGUGCAACGAGUUACCAAAGGUUUUAAUUCGAAGGACCAAUGUAAUGCACGCACCUACAGUUAUAUGCUUCCCACUAUAUCGUUUGCAAAUUAUCAAAAACAGUAUGAUUCGAAAAGUUAUCGUAUUGAUUUAAAUACAUUGGAAAAAUUGAAAGAAAUUCUCACAACGUAUGAAGGAACUAAAAAUUUUCAUAAUUUCACAAGCAAAAAAAAUUAUCAUGAUCCCUCAGCAAAACGUUAUAUAAUUUCAUUUACAUAUUUGGAACCAUUUCUUAGUCCUCAUGGCAGUGAGUUUAUAAAAUUAAUAGUAAAGGGGCAGAGUUUCAUGCUACACCAAAUACGAAAAAUGGUUGGACUUGCUAUUGCCAUUGUACGUGGUAACACUACUGUUUCUACAUUGGAUCGUGCUUUUACACAGGAAAAACUUGAUUUGCCAAUGGCACCAGGGUUGGGCUUGGUUUUAGAUACAGUUCAUUAUGAUCGGUAUAAUGAACGGUACGGAAAAGAUGGCUUACACGAACCUCUUGAUUGGAAAAAAUAUGAGACUGAGAUAAACGAAUUUGUUGAAAAAUAUAUAGACGUUAAUAUAUAUGAAACUGAAUAUAAGGAACAUUCAAUGAUGGAAUGGUUAGAUACACUUCAUCGGCACUCAUAUGAUGUUCGUCGGGAUGUGGCGGUAGAAAAUUGAAAUGACAAAAGUAUAUUAAUUUCUAAAAAUU